AUGAGUGUUCAGUCUUUCCAAUUAUCAGAAUUAGAAGAGAAAGCACGUGCGAAUGCAUUAAAGAGAGUUUCUGAUCUCUUCCAAAAACCUGAGCAACUGGAUAAAAUAGACCUUAUAAAAUCUCGGUUUUUAAAUCAAAAAACUGCAACUGAAGCUCAACUUAAGAUGGCGUUGUAUAGCCAGUUGGAUGGUAGUAAAGUUGGAUUGGAAAAGUUGGAUGCUGCUCUGGCUGAAUCGCAUACAUGCAGAAAUAGGCUUAUCCAACUGGGUUCAUCAUUAGGUAGUUUGGCUGGUUUGUCACACCAGUUGCAUGAAUUAAAAAAUCUUUCAACUAAGUACAGUCAGCUGGGUGCUGCUAUGGAAAAUAUGAGUUAUCUUGUGAAAGCACCUGAACAUUUUGAACAAGCUCGCACCUGCAUAGAAGCAGAAAAUCUUUUAGAUGGCCAUAAAAUAAUGCAAGAAUUGGAAGGCAUUCGAGAUGAGUUAAUGUAUGAAGUGUUUAGACAGAAGUCUAUGGAAGAUUUGGAUACAUUACGUGCAUUUUUCCGUGAGCUCGAAAAUUUGAAUGAGAUGUUUAGACAUAAAAUAAUUAUGCUUGGAUCACGUUUAACUAGUGCAGUGAUUACGCACAAUCGUUUCGUCGUCAAUUGUAUUCGUGUCAUUGAUCGAGAAGAAAGGGCUGAUGCGAAUUGGCGUAAAAAAACAGAAAAACACGGUUUUAUGCCAGAUGGACGACCAAAACAGUGGAAGAAAUUAUUAUUUGAUAGUAUUUUCAAUACUAUAAAAGACAAAGUAUUUGGCAGUGCAUUAGACAAUGAGAAUGAUAAAAAUAAACUAGUUCGACAUAAUGAAGCUAUUAGACAGCAUACUCUAGCAGAUUUGAAAAUUGCAAAGAAUAUAUGCCCAACAUAUUUUCCAGCGGACUAUGCUAUAUUCGAUCGGUUUGUUGAAAUGUAUCAUGAAGCGAUUGGAAUGCAUGUUGAAAGCUUAGUACUUGAAGGUCUAUCUGAUACAGAGAUUGUCCAGUUACUCGGUUGGAUAAAUUCUUAUCACACUGAAGAGUUUAUGAAGAAUCCUUUCAUGAAUAUUGACUUCAACCGGUUGAACUUGAAGCAUCCAAUCAAUCUGUUACCUGAAGAGACGUUAAAUACACUUCGGAAGCAGUAUGUUUCCAAAACUAUUGAACGGUUAAAGUCAUGGUUUGCAAACUCGCUUCUUAAGGAUACAUCUGAUUGGCAACGUUCAACAGGUCCUGAGUUAGAUGGGUCUUCCAAUUAUUUCACUGAUUUGCCGGUAUUAGUCAUGACACCUGUCAAUGAAAUGAUUGGUAAAGGCAAUUUACUACAUUAUUUGGGUAAUGCUGUUAGAGAACAAUUCUUACUCAGUGUGUUGAAGAAAUGA